UCCUCACUUUGGGUGACGUGUCCGCUAAAAUACGAGAUUUCGUGACUGUCGACUGUUUUAAAAAAAGUGCAUUUCUUUUGUCACUUUUGUUUUUGUGAUAUGGCGAAGGAUAAAAAAUGGCAGCUGCUGCUGGAUUUGUUCGUGUUAGCGUGCGUGGGCGUUCCAUUACUAGCGUUGACGCAAUGGGCCUACCCGUUCGAGCGUGGUUUCUUCGUCCAUGAUGACUCCUUACGGCUGCCGUUUAUGCAGCAGAGCGUGACAGAAGCCGCCCUAAGUCUCGUCGGGUUCGCACUGAAUAUAGCUACAAUAUUGAUAAUCGAGUACCUACAAAACCGGAGGGAAAAGAACCCGAACCAGAAGUACCUCUUCGGUUUCACGGUACCAGCUUGGGUGUGGCAGAGUUACAGUACCAUUAGAACGUUCGCAUUUGGUGCCGUGUGCCAGCAGCUGCUUUCAAAUCUGACCAAAUAUGUCGUCGGGAGGCUUAGGCCACAUUUCAUGGAUGUAUGUCGUCCUGAAUACAACGAGACGUUGCCAGCGAACGCCUUGGGCUACAUCCAGGUGUACACUUGCGCCACCCAGACUGAUCCCGCCUACCAAUCUUACCUCAAAGACAUGCGGCUGUCCUUCUUCAGCGCUCACUCCAGCUUCGCCAUGUAUGCGGCGGUGUUUUUCAUUGUUUACAUUCAGUUUAAAGGCAGAUGGCGCGGAUCUAAGCUGCUUCGCCACGCUAUCCAAUUCUUCGCGUUGAUGGGAGCCUGGUACGUGGGGAUGACGCGCGUGGUAGAAAACUUCCACCACUGGAGCGACGUUGCUGUGGGUUUUAUCAAUGGCGCCAUCUUUGGAUUUUUGGUGGUAAUCUACAUCCUAAAGCCAACGAAACGCCUGCCCAUAACCUGGCAGGACGCGCCGGCGAGCACGCUCCCAGUCGCGCGGUGACGCCCGCGGCGCCAGCGGUUCAGACUUCUGGUCGUACUGCAGUUCA